CUCACCAAGUUCCCUCUUCGGCUCGCCAGGCCGACAAGUGGCAAAUGGUUUCUAUGGGUUUGUCAUUGACAUUAUCCAAAGGGCGCUCGACUGCAUUUUUCCGGAGAAUUAAUGGGCCGCUCAAGGAGGACGGACCGAGUGGAAAAAGCCUCCCGUUGAUUUUGCGUGCGGACUUUGAGCGGGGUAGAAGGAUAUGCUGUGCCACGAAGGGGAAAUUUUCAGGCACCUUGCUGCCAAAGAGUGCGAGAGCAAAGAAACCACAAUGGGUUGUUCCUCCUUGCGUAGUGGGAGCAGGGCUUGUCUGGUUUUCUUUUCGGGGUUGA